AUGUUGCGUCUGGCGAGAGAUGCUGACCAGUUCUGCUCGGCCUCCGCCUACCACGACCCUUCAUCGAUCAAAUGGGAUGGUAAGGUGGAUAAGGAGAAGGAGCUCACUCCAGUAGAGGCAGACGCCUUGGCUAAGAAGAGGAAACACUAUGGUGCUUUGAUGCAGUCGCCACUACGUGUGAUGGUCUGCACUGAUCACGCGGCGAGAGGCUUCGACUGGCCUCAAGUGGAUGCUGUCAUUCAUUUCCAAAUGCCUCUUGAUGCGGUUAAGUUCCUGCAUAGGAGUGGGAGAGGAGGUCGGUUGGGACGACCUUGUCGGAUAAUCACCCUCGUCGGGGAGAAGGACGAAACUCUAGCAACAGAGAUACAACAGCAGAUUGAUAAAGGGAGGAGUUUAGAGAAGGUCUUCAGUCGAAAGCAGUCUCUCCCACGCAGGCGACGCCGACGGGCUGAACUUCAACAAUCAAUUCAGCGGGAAACUCCAUCUGUCGAGGACUCGGGUGAUGAGUCCGGAAGUGAGGGCAUGGAGCCUCUGGAAAAGCCGCAGGAGACCGAGGAUAAGGGCACUCUGGUUGGUUAUGUCAGCGUUUAUGACUCGGAUAGCGAUGCGGAUGCGGAAGAUGAUGUGCCAGAGACACUUGACGCGGCUGUGUCCCAUAUACAUGAUAGGUCAACGACGGCUGGGUCAUCGGAUAACACGAAUGUCCCCGCCUGGCGGGUUGGAAGCCGACGAACAUUCCCCGAGACUCCAGCAGAUAGUGAUUCUGAUGACGAGCCUAGUAGUUACACCUGGGCUCGCGUUAGACGAGACCCAAUAGCUGCUGCGGCUGGGGAAACUGUGAGCCCUCGUCGUGAGGUUAUCGGAGUGGAAUCUCAAUCGGUCAGGGCUGGACGGCAACGGCGUCGUGAUAAAUUCAAACAAACAACUCUUAUCAAUGAAUUCAGACGGAAUGAGGAUGAAGUGCUCAAGCUAUAGCACUGAGCAUGAUCAGCG